AUGUCUUUCGAAGACCCGUUUUUUGUAGUCCGGGGCGAGGUACAGAAGGCGGUGAACACCGCCCGUGGGUUGUACCAGCGCUGGUGUGAGCUCCUGCAAGAGGGCUCAGCGGUCGGACGCGAGGAGCUAGACUGGACGACCAAUGAGCUGCGGAAUGGCCUGCGCAGCAUCGAAUGGGACCUCGAGGACCUGGAGGAGACCAUCGCUAUCGUGGAGGCCAACCCGACUAAGUUCAAGCUCCCAGCCGGGGACCUCCAGGAGAGAAAGGUGUUUGUGGAGCGGAUGCGAGAGGCAGUCCAGGAAAUGAGGGACCGUUUGGUCAGCCCAGCCACCAUAGCCUUCAUGGAGAGGAAUAAUAGAGAGAUGCUGGCAGGCAGGGCAGCUGCCCCGAAGUCAUCCAGUGACCUUUUGGACGCCAGCGUGGUCUCAGCCUCUUCUCGCUACAUUGAGGAGCAGCAGGCCACGCAGCAGCUGAUCAUGGACCAACAGGAUCAACAGCUUGAGAUGGUGUCUGGAAGCAUCCAGGUCCUAAAGCACAUGUCUGGCCGGGUUGGGGAGGAGCUGGACGAACAGGGCAUCAUGCUGGACGCCUUUGCUCAUGAGAUGGACCACACCCAGUCCCGGAUGGAUGGGGUCCUCAGGAAGAUGGCCAAAGUAUCCCACAUGACAAAUGACCGCCGGCAGUGGUGUGCUAUCGUGGUCCUGCUGGGGGUGCUGCUUCUGGUGCUUAUCCUACUGUUCUCUCUCUGA